ACGUUGGCGCUACUUUAUCAUAGCAGAGAAGAACUUUAAUGGCUUCAGCUCUACAAAGAUCCAUUAAAUCAAACUCUUAUUGAAAUCUAUUCUCAUGCCUUGUAUAUCAAAAUCUGUAAAUGUAUAUCAAUCAGUAUCUAAAAUUCCCAUUUCUUCAAUCUUCUUCAAGACCGUUACAUCUUCAAUUAAAGAUGCUCAGUUACCAAUUAUAUACAGAUUCAUUUCCCUAUUACAAGAAUUUUCGAGAAAUCUUAUAUGUAUUCAAUCUAUUCAUUCUCAAAUCAUUACCAAUUCUCUUUCGAAAGAUGAAUUUCUGGUUACUAAAGUAAUUAAAAGUUACUCUGAUCUGGGUAGUUUGAAUGACGCUCGAAAAGUGUUUGAUCAAGUUACUGACCCAAAUAUUUUUAUACGAAAUACAAUGAUGGGGGGGUAUUUCAGAAAUGAGAAGUUCAUGGACACUAUUGAAUUGUAUCAUAGAAUGAGAUCUCUUGGUUUAAAGACGGAUAGUUUUACGUGUACUCUUGCACUCAAGGCUUGUUCUAGUUUAUCGGAUGUUGAAAGUGGGAAGAUAAUAAUGAGAAAUGCUAUGGAGAACGGUCUGGCGAGCGACAGAUUUUUGGGGAGUUCGAUGAUAAAGUUUUUGGUGAAAUUUGGUGAUAUCGAUGAAGCCCGGUCUGUAUUUGAUGAGUUACCGUGUAAAGAUGUUGUUUGUUGGAACGCUAUCAUUGGAGGUUAUGUGCAAAACGGUAACUUUCAUAUGGCUUUAAAUCUCUUUUGGAAGAUGCUGUGUGGUGGGAUUAUACCGACUCAAGUAUCGAUUGCAAUUUUGACUCAGGCAUGUGGGGGAAUUGGAAAUUUGGAGCUUGGGAAAUGUGUUCAUGGGUUUUUGAAUAGCUUGGGGAUGGGUUUUGAUAUUUUAGUUCUUACAUCAUUAGCUGAUAUGUAUUGUAAAAUUGGCGAUGUUGAAAGUGCUCGGAGGGUUUUUGAUAGGAUGCCCACGAGAAACUUGGUUUCGUGGAAUGCAAUGAUCUCUGGGUACGUUCAGAAUGGUUGUGUUUUUGAUGGGUUUGAACUUUUUCGUAGAUUAGUUCUCAGUGGUUGUGAAUUUGAUUCGGUGACGAUUGUUAGCCUGCUUCAGGGUUCUGCUCAGCUAUCUAGUUUAGAUAAUGGGAAGGUUCUUCAUGGUUUUGUUUUAAGAAGAGGGCUUCAGUCGAAUUUCAUUGUGUCAACAGCAAUUGUUGAUUUAUAUGCGAAGUGUGGUGAUUUAAAGUUGGCUAGUUCUGUUUUUGAUCGAAUAAAGGAGAGGAAUGUAAUUUCAUGGACUGCAAUGUUGAUGGGAUUAGCACAAAAUGGGCAUGCAGAGGAGGCAAUGAGAUUAUUUGGUCAGAUGCAAGAGGAAGGGGUAGUUGCUAAUGUUGUUACCCUAGUUAGCUUAAUCCAUGCUUGUGCACAUGUUGGUUCUUUGAAGAAGGGAAGAAGUGUUCAUGGUUAUUUGAUACGGUAUAAAAUUUCGUUUAAUGAAGUUAUGAGAACUGCAUUGAUUGAUAUGUACGCCAAAUGUGGAAAAUUAGACUCCGCAAAGAGGGUUUUUGAUGACAGAUUAAAAUCAUACGAUGUGGUUCUGUGGAAUUCAAUGAUAACUGGUUAUGGCCUUCAUGGCCGUGGAGAUGAAGCUAUUGAUGUUUUUAAUCAGAUGAAAACGGAAGGUAUUCAACCGAAUCAAACUACUUUUAUUUCUCUUUUCUCUGCUUGUAGUCAUUCAGGUCUUGUGGAAGAAGGGAUGAGCUUAUUCCUAGUCAUGAAUGAAGAUUACAAGAUUAGACCUAGUGAGAAGCAUUUUGCUUGUAUGGUAGAUCUUCUUAGCCGAGCAGGUCGACUUGAAGAAGCUGAAGCCUUAAUCAACCAAAUGCCAUUUGCGCCUGGCAAUGCUGUGCUUGAAGCACUUCUUAGUGGUUGCCGAACUCACAAGAAAAUCGGAAUGGGUAUCAGAACAGCAGAUAGAUUGCUUACAUUAGAUUCAAUGAACCCUGGAAUUUAUGUGAUCUUAUCAAACAUGUAUGCUCUAGGAGGAAGAUGGAACGAAGUGGAUUACGUUAGAGGUCUAAUGAGGAAGAGAGGGUUGAGGAAAACACCAGGAUAUAGCUUGCUUGAAGUAAAUAACUUGGUUCAUACUUUUUUCGCAGGAGAUAAUUCACAUCCUUAUUGGGAAGAAAUCUAUCAAAUGCUGGAGGAUUUAAGAAUACAAAUGGAGACUUUAGGUUACUAUCCUGACACAAGUUGUGUUCUCCGUGAUGUAGACGAAGAGAAGAAGGUGAGGUUAUUAUGGGGUCAUAGUGAGAGAUUAGCAAUGGCUUUUGCGCUAUUAUGCACACCAGCUGGAAGUUUAAUUAGAAUAACUAAGAAUUUACGAGUUUGUAGCGAUUGCCACACCGUUACCAAGUAUAUUUCGAAGAUAGCUAGGAGGGAAAUCAUCGUCAGAGAUGCAAAUCGAUUCCAUCAUUUUGACAAUGGUAAAUGUUCUUGCGGUGACUAUUGGUGAUUGAUGUAGUUGAAAAUGUAUUUUCUGCAUCAGUAAUAUUCUACUUAUGAAGUUGCAUUUUUGCAAAUGUUGUCCAACCAUACCCAGCUUUCCUAGUAUUGUAUUAUUACAAGAAACUGAGUCACAUCCACAGAUGAUAGCGGAAGUCGUUCACCUGUAA